AUGACUUUAAAUCCUCACGUCCAACAAAAUUUACAAAAUAUUCAAAAAGCUUUAAGUAAUUAUGACAUGUCUUUCUUAUCUGAAGACGAAGAAGAUUAUUGUCCUUUAUGUCUUGAAAAAUUAGAUAUCACUGAUAAAAAUUUUAGACCAUGUCCAUGUGGCUAUCAAAUUUGUCAAUUUUGUUAUAAUAAUAUUAGACAAAAUGAAGAAUUGAAUGGUAGAUGUCCUGCAUGUCGUAGGAAAUAUGAUGAUGAAACUGUGAAAUAUGUGGUAUUAACACCUGAAGAGUUGAAAUAUGAAAAGGAAAAGCAAUCAAGGAAGGAUUGGGAGAAAAAACAAAGAGAAAAGGAAAGAAAAGAUAAUGAAAAUGCUAAUAGAAAACAUUUAGCAGGAAUGAGAGUUAUUCAAAAAAAUUUGGUAUAUGUAGUUGGUUUAAACCCGCCUGUUCCAUAUGAUGAAAUCAUCCCUUAUUUGAAAUCUGAUAAAUAUUUUGGUCAAUAUGGGAAAAUCAAUAAAAUUGUUGUUAAUAGGAAAAAUAAUAAUAAUAAUAGUGGCAAUAGUAAUAAUAAUAAUCAUUCGAACGAUCAUUAUCAUCAAAAUUCUUUACCAUCAUCUUCAGGUUCUAAUUCAUCAUCUCAUAAUCAAGGAUAUGGGAUUUAUAUUACUUUUUCAAGAAAGGAAGAUGCAGCUAAAUGUAUUCAACAAGUCGAUGGGACCUACAUUGAUGGUCGUCUAGUGAAAGCUGCAUAUGGUACUACCAAAUAUUGUUCUUCUUAUUUACGUGGAUUACCUUGUCCUAAUCCAAAUUGUAUGUUUUUACAUGAACCUGGUGAAGAAGCAGAUUCUUUUAAUAGAAGAGAAUUGAACAACAAACAGCAUUCUCAUAAUCCUAACUCAUCGUUACCUCAUUUGAAUACUAAUCAAAGUUUAUAUUCAAGUUCUAAUAAUACACCUACAACUACUACUAAUAAUAAUUUGUCUAAUACUAAGAGUUCAACCACCAUCAAUUCUACUACUACCACUCAUUCAGCAUCCCCAUCACCUGCAUUAGCUAAAUCUCAAUUGCAUAAUUCUCAACAAUUGAAUGGUCAUAGUUAUUUGGAUCAAAACAAUAAUUCUUUAUCAAAUACUUUAUCAAAUAAUAAUACAGGUACAUCCACUCCAAUUUUAAUACCUGCAACUUUACCAGCAGGAUCUAAUCCAUGGGGGGUUACUCAAUCAGCAACACCACUUACAUCUUUAAAUUUAAAUAAGAGUGCCUUACCUACUUUGAACGAUACAUUAAGUAAUUCCAAUAGUAAUCUUGAUUCACAAGAUGAAAUUACAUCAUUAUAUCAACAAUCUCAACAAGCUUCACCAAGACAACAUCAAACUCAAUAUGAUGAAGUACAACAAUCUCCACAAAAUAGUAAUACUACGAAUAAUAAUAAGAAGAAAAAUGUCAAUGUGGAACAAGACUAUGUAGAUCCAUAUGAUGUUGUGAACAAUGCCGUUACCUUUUUAGAUGAAAGAAUCCAUGAUUUAUCAGACUACAAAUCAGUUAAAUUGGCAUUGAAAUCUAAUAUUUUGGACAAUGAAACAUAUUCUAGGUAUCCAAGUCUAUUUACUUGGAGCCAUAUUGAGCCUACCAAGACAAGUAAGAAUGUUUUAACCAAGAAAUUGAUUGAAAUCUUGGCUAUUAAGCCUGUAGAUCACACAUCUUCGGUGGUUGAAUUUUUGAAAGAAAACGCAGAAACCAUUGCUGCUUUGAAUGCUAAUACAGCUGCCAUGUUGGCAUUACAGCAACAGCAAGCUCAGCAACAACAACAACAACAACAACAACAACAACAACAACAACAACAACAACAACAACAACAAGCUCAACAGCAACAGCAACAACAAGCUCAGCAACAAGCUCAACUACAACAGCAACAAUUACAACAAGCUCAACUACAACAACAGCAAUUGAAAAGCCAAUUGCAACAGCAACAACAGUUGAAAAAACAACUCCAACAACAACAGCAACAACAAGCUCAACAGCAACAACAGCAACAGCAACAGCAAUUGCGAAUGGGUAUGACUAAUGCUCCUCCACCAGGCAUGUUCACUCCACAACAGAUGCCAUUACAAUUGCAACAACAACAAUUGGCUCAGCAACAACAUCCAAACGAAAGCAUCCCUUCUAAUUCCACGGACUUCUUAAACCAGUUGAUCAACGGCAGAAGAACCGCAGCAGCAGGCAACUGA